AUGGAAGUUGAUGAGAGCGAGCGCCUACCAGAAGACGUAGUGAUCGGUCAGAUGACAUUGCUCAUAUUCGCAGCCUACGACACCACAUCCUCCGCGAUAGCUCGCAUUUUAUACCUCCUUUCGAAGAAUCAAGCCGUGCAGGAUGAACUUCGCAACGAGAUCAAUGAUAUGCGUGAACAGCUCGGCGAUAUCGAUCCGUCUUAUGAUCAAUUAAUGUCGAUGCCGAUUUUGGACAGUGUCAUCCGCGAGACUCUCCGACUUCACCCGCCGGCGCCCUAUAUGUCGCGAGUUGCCACGACGGACACAGUCCUUCCCCUCGCGACUCCCGUCAUCGGCACAGAUGGGAAAUCCAUCUACGAAGUGCCUGUGCGCCAAGGCCAAAGCGUCUGGAUAGGGAUAUCGAGUCCAAACAGGAACAAGAGCACGUGGGGACCGGAUGCCGAGGAGUGGAAACCUCAGCGCUGGCGCUCACCACUCCCCUCUACGGUAACGGACGCCAAGAUACCGAGUGUUUAUGCCAAUCAGUUGACAUUCCUUGCCGGAAGUCGUUCAUGCAUCGGGUUCACGUUCGCAGAGAUUGAAAUCAAGACGGUGCUUUACAUGAUGCUGUACAACUUCAAGUUCGAACCUCCUACUUCCGAAAUAUCGUGGAAGAUGACUCCGGUGUUGGUCCCGUACAUCAAGGGGCAGGAUAACGACCAUCCACAGCUUCCUCUUCGAGUCAGCUUGGUCGAUCGUUAGCUCCGAGGAAGGUGCAGAUGCGGGGCCGAAAGGUGCUGGUUACUACCUUGUCGUACUUUUUCUGCCUUGUACGCCGCACUCUGAGCCCGUGUUAUGCAACAA